AUGGUCGUCUACUACCAGAUCGCCGGUCAGAAAAUCGGCUCGCAUUGGCUCUCGAUCGCGACCCUCUCGACGAUGUUUAUCGGCAGCUGGGCAAGCAUGGGUGGCAGCAAGAAGGAGGCGCCCAAGGCACCCCCGAUCAAUGCGAAGGAUCAGGAUGAGGAGAAGUUCAUACAAGAGUUCAUCAAGGCGGCAGAGCAAGAAUCCGGCGAGGGAGCCAAGCACCGGGAAGGACAUUGA